AUGCGAAAUGAGCGAAACAAUUGUCUUUCGCUACGAUCUUCUGCUUAUCAGCCCAUAUCUGUGGCUAAUCAGGACGAACCACCAGGAACUUAUGGCGACUACGGUGCUUACAAAAAGGAAAAACGGGAUGCUGAAGCGGCUCCAGCUCCGCAACCCGCUCCUGUAGCAGCGGCUGAGCCCAAGCCUCAAUAUGGCGACUACGGUGCGGCCCUUCAUGACCAAUGUUUGAUCUUUUUCUCAUCCCAGGUCAGCUACGAAAACUACGAUGGAGCUCCUACUGAGUACGGAACGUACGGCAACUACGGGUACGUGACUUUUUAG